GGCCUGCGCCCUCCGCUGCCUGCGAGCGCCACUCGGUGCCAGGGCUGCCCGGCUUUGUGGCUGGGGCUGGGGCGCGGCAGAUCUACGGCUCGGUUCUCCCCGGCAGGAAACGUCCAGCACCACCCCCACGCCGCGGUCUACAAAGCCCCGGAGUCCGCAGGCGGGAGGAGCCGGAUCCCCCACGUUGUCAGGCUCCAGCCCGGCUCCCGCAUCAGGCCGUCCCCGGCCUCAUGAGGACCCCCCGGCCGGGGCCGAGAGCCGGGCGCCGCCCGGACCGCGAUCUUGCCGCGGCCUUGGAGCGUUAGACAGGAUGCGGCUGGGCCGCCGGGCCCUCUGUGCGCUAGUCCUGCUGCUCGCCUGCGCCUCGCUCGGGCUCCUGUACGCCAGCACCCGAGACGUGCCCAGUCUCCCGAACCCUCUGGCGUUGUGGUCGCCGCCACAAGGUCCCCCGAGGCUCGAUCUGCCAAACCUUGCCCCUGAGCCCCGCUACGCGCACAUCCCGGUCAGGAUCAAGGAGCAAGUGGUGGGGCUGCUGGCUCACCACAAUUGCAGUUGUGAAUCCAGGGGAGGGAGCUUUGCCUUCCCAUUCCAGAGACAGGUUCGAGCCGUGGACCUCACUAAAGCCUUUGACACUGACGAGCUGAGGGCUGUCUCUGACGCCAGGGAGCAGGAAUACCAGGCCUUCCUUGCAAGGAGCCAGUCCCUGGCCGACCAGCUGCUCAUAGCCCCGGCCAACUCCCCCUUACAGUAUCCCCUGCAGGGCGUGGAGGUCCAGCCCCUCAGGAGCAUCUUGGUGCCAGGACUAAGUCUGCAGGAAGCUUCUGCUCAGGAGGUCUAUCAGGUGAACCUGACUGCUUCCCUAGGCACCUGGGACGUGGCAGGGGAAGUGACGGGGGUGACCCUCACUGGAGAGGGACAGACAGACCUCACCCUUGCCAGCCCAGGUCUGGAUAGACUCAACCGGCAGCUGCAACUGGUCACCUACAGCAGUCGGAGCUACCAGGCCAACGCGGCAGACACAGUCCGGUUCUCCACCAAGGGACAUGAAGCUGUCUUCACCAUCCGCAUAAGACAUCCUCCCCAGCCCCGGCUGUACCCGCCUUCAUCUCUGUCCCAGGGAGCCCAGUACAACAUCAGUGCUCUGGUUACCAUAGCCACCAAGACCUUUCUUCGUUAUGAUCGGCUACGGGCGCUCAUUGCCAGCAUCCGACGUUUUUACCCCACGGUCACCAUAGUCAUCGCCGACGACAGCGACAAACCGGAGCGCAUUAGCGACCCCCACGUGGAGCACUAUCUCAUGCCCUUCGGCAAGGGUUGGUUCGCAGGUCGGAACCUGGCGGUGUCCCAAGUAACCACCAAAUACGUGCUGUGGGUGGACGACGACUUUGUCUUCACGGCGCGCACGCGGCUGGAGAAGCUUGUGGACGUGCUGGAGAGGACGCCCCUGGACCUGGUUGGGGGCGCCGUGCGGGAGAUCUCGGGCUUCUCUACCACCUACCGGCAGCUGCUGAGUGUGGAGCCGGGCGCCCCGGGCCUCGGGGACUGCCUCCGGCAAAAGCGCGGCUUCCACCACGAGCUCGUUGGCUUUCCGAGCUGCGUGGUCACCGACGGCGUGGUCAACUUCUUCCUGGCGCGCACAGAUAAAGUGCGCGAGGUGGGCUUCGACCCGCGGCUCAACCGGGUGGCACAUCUGGAAUUCUUCCUGGACGGACUUGGUUCCCUCCGUGUUGGCUCCUGCUCUGAUGUGGUUGUGGACCAUGCCUCGAAGGUGAAGCUGCCGUGGGUAUCCAAGGACCCGGGGGCUGAAAUGUAUGCCCGCUACCGUUACCCGGGAUCCCUGGACCAGAGUCAGGUGGCCAAACAUCGUCUGCUCUUCUUCAAGCACCGGCUCCAGUGCAUGACGGCCGAGUGACGGCCGAUUCGGGCCUUCCCUCUGUCAGGCUGGGCCUGCCUCCUCAUCCCUGCCAGGACAUUUCCAGCAACCCCUGACCCCCUGACCCUCUCUUUCUACCAACCUGAUCCCUAACAGGGGCUUGUCCUGGUGACAACCCUUCCUUUCUGUGAGUGACCAGAGGCCUGAUGGAGCCAUAACCUCCGCCGUCACAGCCAGUGCCAAGUCCUCCCCCACCCCCAUUCCUAUGGGGCAGGAAAUGGGGGGGGGUUUACUUUCCAAGUGCCAAAGAGCCCAGAAGGACUCUAAGACCCUCAAGUGGAAACACUCUCACCUCCUGAGGGGGCAGGGAAACUCCCAAUGUGCAACCCCACCCCAGCUCCGGAUCCAGCACCGUGUGGGCCGGCUUCAACACACCCCCACAGGAAGCUGUGGCUGGAGUUCUGUGGAGCUGGUGAACACACGGUGAAAGCCAUUUUUUUA